UUGACACAAAAUGUCCGACGGCGCUAUUCAAAACGAAGUAUCAGAUUCGCCAUGCGCCAAAAAAAUUAAAAUAGACGGCAUAAGUGAAAAUGGUGUGCAAAAUAAAGUAGUAGAUCUGAAGGACUUUAUUCCAAAUAAAAUUUUAAAUAAUAACACGAACAGGAAGACGGUUAGUGUUCUUGGUAAUUUUAAAGACAAAAACUGUGUUGGCAUUGUGAUUUUGGAAAAAAAUGCUUUCAAAGAAGAAGAAUUAAAUAGCGACGGGUAUUUUUGUGAAGACACCAAACUUAAUACAUUCUUUCAAAACGAUAUUUACGGGAAUUUUGAGUGUUUUCCAAAGACUUCAUUAACUGGUGUGAAAACAACAGUGAUUUGUCCAGCGACAGAUAAGCAUAUUGCAAAGUAUAGUCAACAAGAAGUACAUAUUGUCCCAGAGAGUCCACAUUGCUAUGAGAAGUUGACAAUUCCGCAUCUUGAGAAAGACCAAUUUAAUUUACAGUGGGUGUACAAUAUUCUUGAAGGCAAGAGCGAGCAAGACAGAGUUGUUUACAACAAUAAGUGCGAAAAGGAAGGGUUUGUUCUGGUGCCAGAUCUAAAAUGGGACGGUCUUAACAAGGAGUCGCUGUAUCUGUUGGCUAUUGUGAGGCAGAGAAAUAUUAAGUCUUUGAGGGAUUUGGACGAGAUACAUUUGCCAUUGCUGAAGAGAGUUCGUGACGAAGGAAAGAAAGCUAUUCUUGAGAAGUACAACGUCCCAGGCAGCCAAUUGCGCAUUUAUCUCCAUUACCAACCAUCAUUCUACCACCUGCACAUACAUUUCACAUAUCUGCGCCACGAGGCACCAGGAAUUUAUGCCGAGAAAUCCCAUUUACUCGACACUGUCAUUGAUAAUAUUGAAAUUAUGAGCGACUACUACAAGAAGGCAACUAUACCUUUUACCAUCCGCGAGAUGGACUCGUUAUUUAACAUUUAUGAGACCAACGGUUAUGUAAAGAGGAUCAAGGAAAUUAAGUAA